CAGAGGCUUGGGAUGUAGGUGUGGGGACACCUACAGACACAGACCCUGCUAAGACCGUCCUCAAGGAGAAUGUAGAGGUUGUGAGGGGCUGAGGUUGGGCUAGCACUCAGUGCCUCCCAGCUGUUGUUUAUGGCCUGUGGCUGGUGCCACUCUACCCUGGGAUCACGAUGGCUGCUGGCCAGGCCACACCCACCUGGCUGGGCCUCACCUACCUGGCUAGAUCCUAGUUCUAGCUUCUCGGGAUGGGAACAUCUACCUCAGAGCCACCUUGGGACCCUGCAGGGGCCAGUGGUUAGGCCCAUGGAGCCAGAGUCACUCCCGUGGACAACUUCCCUAAUCCUGUCUCCAUCCUUCAGGUCUGUGAAUUCGUCUGAUUACCAGGUGCACUUGGGAGAGCUGACGAUCACCCUGUCUCCCCAUUUCUCCACUGUGAAGCAGAUCAUCCUGUACUCGAACCCCCCAGGACCACCAGGGUCCAGUGGGGACAUUGCGCUGGUGCAGCUGGACAGCCCUGUGGCCCUUUCCAGCCAGGUCCAGCCCGUGUGCCUCCCAGAGGCCUCAGCUGACUUCUACCCUGGGAUGCAGUGCUGGGUGACAGGCUGGGGCUAUACACGGGAGGGAGAGCCUUUGAAGCCCCCAUACAACCUGCAGGAGGCAGAGGUCUCCGUGGUGGACGUGAAGACCUGCAGCCAGCGGUACAGCAGCCCCAAUGGCAGCCUCAUCCAGCCAGACAUGCUAUGUGCCCAGGGCCCUGGGGAUGCCUGCCAGGAUGACUCUGGCGGGCCCUUGGUCUGCCAGGUGGCUGGGACCUGGCAGCAGGCCGGUGUCGUCAGCUGGGGUGAGGGCUGUGGCCGCCCUGACCGCCCUGGUGUCUACGCUCGAGUUACUGCCUAUGUAAACUGGAUCCAUCACCAUGUCCCGGAACCAGGGGGCUCAGGAAUGCAAGGGCUUUCCUGGAUUCCCCUCCUGGCUGGCCUCUUCUUGCCAAGCCUUCUCCUGCUGCUGGUCUCUGGAGUCCUGAUGGCCAAGUGCUGGCUGGGUUCUCCCUCCCACCCAACUCCAGACCUCUGACUCAGGUGUCACAACCCAAGUGUCUUAAAUAAGUUAAGUGUUUUAUUCA